AUGAGCUUUUUGGAUUUAUUAAUAGUGAUUACCCUACCACCAAGUCAAAAGAUUUCCUCUCCUGAUAGUAAGAAUGAAAUCGAAAACUCAUAUUACAAAUCAUGGUUGAAGUCCGACUGGUUUCUUAAAGCUUGGAUCACAUGGACAUUAUCAGAAGAGUGUCUUGGCCUUAUUGUUGGCCUCAAGACUUCUGUAGAAGUUUGGAAAUGCCUGAAGAAUACCUAUGCAGCACUCCAAUUUACACAACAUGAUUGUGAUGAACGGAUCAAUCCCUUCAAAGAUGGAGAUGGGAGUUUUAUAACAAAAGUGAGUGGAGAUGUGAAGGGUAUGUUAUGCUUGUUUGAAGCUUCAUGUAUUGCUUUACCAGGAGAAGAGUUAUUAGAUGAAGCUAAGGCCUUCACUUCCAAGCAUUUGAAGGGUAAGAUGGACAGCAUGGAACCAUUUCUUAGAGAGCAAGUGCACCAUGCCCUAGAGCUUCCCCGUUCUCGGAGAAAGGUUAGAGUGGAAGCCAGAUAUAACAUCGAUGUUUACAAAGGGGAAAAAGAAAGGAACCCAAUUUUGCUUGAACUUGCAAAGCUAAAUUUCAACAUGGUUCAAUCCUUUCACGUAGCAGAUCUUAAAGAAGUGUUCAGGUGGUGGAGAGACACAAGGCUGAGUGAGAAACUUCCUUUUGCUAGGGAGCGAACCUUGGAGUGUUUCUUGGUUUCUUCUGGGGUAGCUUAUGAGCCUCAAUAUGGCAGGUCAAGGAGGGACAUGGCCAAAACUAACAUUCUUAUAACAGUAAUAGAUGAUGUUUAUGAUGUGUAUGGAUCAAUAGAGGACCUAGAGCUCUUCACUGAAGCAGUUGAAAGAUGGGACCUCAAAGCCAUGGAGUCACUACCUGAGUACAUGAAAACAUGUUACAUGGCCUUGUACAAUACUGUGAAUCAAAUGGCCUAUGAUAGUCUAAAGGAACAGGGCUGUUGCAUCAUCGGAUCCCUCAGCAAAGCGUGGGCUGGCCUAUGCAAGGCAUACUUGAAAGAAGCAAAGUGGUUUCACAGUGGGUACAAACCAACUCUAGAUGAGUACUUGAGCAAUGCCUAUACCUCAAUUUCGGGGCCGCUUGUUUUGAUUGCUGGUUAUUUUCUCUCUGGAGAGAGAAUUACACAAGAAGUUGUUGAUUUUUUAGAACAAGGUCCAAAGAUUGUCUGGUUCUGUUCUAUCUUUCUACGACUUACCAAUGAUAUGGGAACAAGUACAGAUGAACAAGAAAGAGGAGAUGUACUUAAAUCAAUACAAUGCUACAUGCAAGAGACUGGUGCAUCAGAGGAACAAGCGCGGGAGCACAUUAGGGAUUUAAUAAAUGAUAUAUGGAAGCAUCUUCAUCAAGAAUGCCGUACUCCAUCUCCACUUCCAAAGACCUCCAUCAAGGAUGCUUUAAAUAUUGCAAGAUCCUUUGAGUUCAUGUAUCAAUAUGGUGAAGGCUUCGGUGUUACUAGCAGUACAACACUUGAUCACUUCAACUCCUUGCUCUUCCAACCCAUUUGUGUUGAUGUUUAGGGUUUAUUUUCCUUUCUUGGAUCUAAAGUGAUGAUGCAAAGAAAGUGGAAUGUAUGGGUAGUUAAGAUAGUGAGAUGUUAUUUCUAUCUCUAUGUAAAAGUAGAAUAUAUGGGUAGUUAAGAUAGUGUGGGAAAUUCUCUCCCUUCCCGU